CUCAAUCAAAACAGAUAAGUCCUUUUGUCGAGCGCGAGUGAUUGAGACGGUUACAGAUUAGAAUUUGAGUUAAGUUGGAUGCAUUCAACAUUUUAGGACUCUGUCUCUGAUAAUGUAAUUUGGUUGGGGGUCUUCUCAAGACAAUUCAAUAUCUACAGAAACAAGGACUUGAGUUGAUUCAUAUCCCGGGAUUCAUAUUGAAGCAUCGAUGUCUUUGUGCUUUUUGCUGCGCUGAUGAUCAAAAUGGAAGCUUAUUGUGGACCAAAUGCAUUCCCAUUGAUUGGGGAACCAUACAUACAGAAUGAAUGUAUUAACAACUUACUAUGCUUAAUUCCUCAUCUGAUCUUCAUUUUAAUCGAGAUCCCAUCUCUGCUUGUGAACUAUUUAAGUAAUAAACAACGAUACUCACUCGACAAAACAUGGGUCCAUUUUACGGGCCACAAUGUCAGAUGGGUGUUGAUCCUUAUUUUACUGAUAAUCACCAUAUUAGAGAUAGGAGAAGGAGUCAUAUCAGACACAUACAAUGUCACCAAAGUUCUGAAUCUACAUAUGAAAGGCCUAAAUGGGAGUCAUCUACGACUGGUUGUGAACUAUGGGGGUUUAUUAGUAUAUGUAGCGCUGGUGGUUGUUGAGAUAUAUACUUUCAAAGUGCAGAGAUACGCAUUUCUAAGUAAUCCAGUGCCAGUGGCGCCCCCUGAUGAACUUGAAGAGACUGGGUAUAUCCAACCACAUGUCAAUUUGCUAAGUAGAGCCAUCUGGUGGUGGUUGAACCCACUUCUACGUUACGGAUACAAAAACACGCUCGAGCUAAAGGAUCUAGGAAAACUACCAAAGACAGAGUGGGCUGAAAAAAACUUCAUUAAGUUUAAACAGAUAUUUGAUGCAGAGAAAGAAAAAGCUGCCAAGAAGGGGAAGCAACCAUCACUUUGGAUAUGUUACUUCAAGACAUUUUGGCCUAUGAUAUGUCUAGGGGGACUUUUCAAGGUGCUGGCGGAUGCCUGCCAACUCAUCGGCCCUAUGGCUGUAGAGGGAAUUGUGAAAUAUGUGGAGGAAGUCCGAUCUCGACCAGAAAAUAUGACAAUAACUGAAGUUGAUUUUGCCAUUACUACAAUGGAGUUCUUUUCUAAUGGAUUUGUACUUGCUGUUGUGUUGCUAGUGGCCUAUAGUUGCAUGGCAACCUUCUGGCAGAAUCACUUCUAUCUUUCCAUUAGACAAGGGAUAAGAUGCAGGGCUGCUAUUCAGUCCAUGGUGUACCACAAGUCUCUGCGUUUGUCUACAUAUACUAUGAGUGAGGGCACAAUGACCCAGGGGCAGAUAUUAAAUCACAUGUCUAAUGACUGUUUCCACGUGAUGAUGUUGUUCUACAUGGGUCACUUUGCUUGGACUUUGCCCAUACAGGGGCAGAUAUUAAAUCACAUGUCUAAUGACUGUUUCCACGUGAUGAUGUUGUUCUACAUGGGACACUUUGCUUGGACUUUACCCAUACAGUUGACAGUCAUAUUUGCUCUGCUAUACAUACAAGUGGGAGUCAGUGCUUUGAUUGGUGCUGGUUUUCUGGUAUCCCUGCUACCAUUACAAUAUGUAGUCGGGAGCUACCUGGCAAAGAUGCAGAAAAAGAUAUUGGAGAAUGCAGAUGAGAGAUUAAAACAAGCCAAUGAGAUGUUGCAGGGUAUUAAGUUGUUAAAGCUCUAUGCAUGGGAAGCUCUGUUCUGUAAAAAAGUUGAGGAUGUGCGCAAGAAAGAGUUAAAAUUCCUAUUUAAGGCAGCAUGUCUCUGGGCUGCAACUUUGUUUAUCACAGAUGGUGCCCCUAUUUCUAUCACACUUGUGACAUUCUGUGUAUACCCCUACAUUGAAGGACAACAGCUUACAGCAUCUAAAGCCUUCUCUGCCCUAGCGCUGUUCAAUCUACUUGCCAUCCCCCUCGUUGUUGCUCCCAUGGUGAUUAACAUCAUUACACAUGCCAAGGUCAGCACAGAUCGUCUGCUACCAUUCUUCCUUGCAUCAGAGGUAGAGGGCAGCACUAUAGAACAAGAUGGCCGACAAAAUGGCAACGUUGGUAGUGAGAGAGAUAUUUCAAAGACAACCAAAGAUGGAGCUCAAUACAGUGCAGUAAAAACUCAGGAAGAUAAUGUUGCUGAAAAGGAUACUAAAAUCCAUGAAGACAAUGUUAUUGAAAUAAAAGAUGGCGAGUUUACAUGGGAUUUUGAAUCAAAAGAGCCAUUACUGAGCAAUGUGCAAUUAACCAUUCCAAAGGGUGAGCUGACUAUGAUAGUUGGUCAAGUGGGUUCUGGGAAAUCUUCACUAUUGUCUGCCUUGCUGGGAGAGAUGACUACAAUGGGAGGAACAGUCACAUGGAGCAGAGAUGUAAAGAUAGCUUAUGCUGCACAGAGGGCUUGGUUAAUGAAUUCUACUGUUAGAGACAAUAUACUGUUUGGGGAGCCAUAUGAUGCAGAAAGGUACAAUGAAGUCAUCAAGGCCUGUGCUCUGGAACCUGACAUCAAGAUAUUACCUGCAGGGGAUCAAACUGAAAUAGGGGAAAAGGGUAUCAACAUGAGUGGAGGCCAGAAGCAGAGGGUCAGCGUUGCCAGGGCGAUGUAUUCACAGACUGAUGUACUUAUCUUGGAUGACCCCCUUUCUGCCUUAGAUGUUCAUGUAGGUUCCCAUAUCUUUCAUCAUGGGAUACAGGAUUUCUUGUUGUCACAACAACGUACUGUUGUCUUGGUUACACAUCAGCUACAAUACCUACCUCAAGCUAAACAGGUGUAUGUAAUGAAGGAUUGUGCAAUAACACACAAUGGCACGUUGGAUGAUAUAAAAACUGAUGAUCCUGCACUCUACGCACAAUGGCAAGAUGCCAUACUCUCAGCUAAGAAAGCCCUUGAGCAAAGUCAACAGGAAGCUGAAGAGGGAUUGGACUCUAUAUCCCUUGAGAGGGAGGAGCUAACACGUCAACUGUCACAUGACAAUAUCCACACGUCCCCGCGAUUGAGACAAGCUAAGUCUCAUGGCGUGCUGUCAUCGUUACCUGAUCACAUGACAUCAACACCGCACAAGGUGAAGUCAGCUGUUGUAGCACGUCACCUCCCCGAGGAGGACCUCCCAGAAUUAGGACGAGCACAAUCAUUGACAGCGAUCGCUUAUCUUAGUCAGAGUAGGAUGGACAUAUUCGGAGAAGAAUUAGCGAUGAAAGAUAAGGUGCCUACAGGGAGUGAACUUGAGAGAAGGAAAAGCCAAACACCCGACUCUAAAGGUGACGCUAAUGAAGCUGGUAAACUGAUAGAAGAGGAGGAGCGGGAAACUGGUCAUGUCAAACUUAUCGUGUACAAGUUGUAUACCCAGGCUGCAUCAUGGUACAUGGUUCUCAUCACAUUGCUUUGUUAUGUAGCCAGACAGGCAUUCAGAAUGGGGAUGGACUUUUGGCUUGCAGAGUGGUCAGAGGGCUCCGGGGGUAGCCAUGUUGAUAGUUACCAUGGGAACAGCACUGGGAACUCUUCAAAUAGUGAGGUGUCUCAUACAGCUAAGAAAGACAAUAGUUACUAUGUUGGUGUCUAUGUGGCUUUAGGCUUACCAACAGUUUUCCUUGCAUUUGUCUGUGGGGUAGUGCUUUACAUUAUGAGCUUGAGUGCAUCUAAAAAGCUUUUCUCUGGCAUGCUUUGGGCUAUUGUGAGGGCACCCAUGAGAUUUUUUGAUACGACCCCACUUGGGCGGAUCCUUAACAGAUUCUCUUAUGACACGAAUACCAUUGAUGAGAAACUGCCAAUCACCAUUGACUCUGUAUUUUACUGUGUUUUGGUGUGUUUGUCCGGCAUAGUGGUUAAUGGAAUCACAACACCAUUCUUCCUGUUGGCUGUCUUACCUCUCUGUAUUUGCUACUUUGCCAUACAGAGGUUCUACAUCUCUUCAUCAAGGGAGCUUCAGAGGUUAGAUAGUGUUAGCAGAUCUCCAGUGUUCGCUCAGUUCUCUGAGACAUUAGGGGGGCUACCUACAAUUAGGGCAUACAGGGCACAAGAAAGGUUCAAAGACAAGAACCUUGGUAGCAUUGACAGUAACAAUACAGCAUUUCUAUAUCUACACACCUCUAAUGUAUGGAUGGGAGUUAGACUAGACUACCUUGGUGCCGCCAUUGUGUUCAUAGCUGCCAUUUCCAGUGUUGCUACAGGUGUGAGUGGUGCAGCAGGUCCCGGUCUUGUAGGAUUAGCCAUUGCUUAUGCACUAAAUGUAUCUUCCUAUCUUAACUGGUUGAUGAGGAAUGUUUCUGAGGGAGAGAUGCACUUUAAUGCAGUAGAGAGAGUCACCCAUUACACUAAUGUGCCACAGGAACAAUACGCAGGAGCUGAGGAGCCCAGUGAUUCAUGGCCAGACCAGGGGCUUAUAGAGUUACGCAACGUUGCUUUGAGAUAUGCCAGUGACCUUGACCCCGUUGUGGACAACGUCAACAUAAAAAUAACCCCAGGGGAAAAGGUGGGAAUAUGUGGCCGCACAGGAAGUGGCAAAUCUUCUCUUACGCUUGGGUUGUUCCGCAUCAUUGAUAUCUGUAAGGGUCAGAUCUUCAUGGAUGGUAUUGAUAUAUCUCGCGUCCCCCUUGAGCGCCUUCGAUCUCGUAUUAGUAUUAUACCCCAGGACCCAGUGCUCUUCUCUGGAACUGUAAGAUACAAUUUAGACCCUGAACAUGUGAAGACAGAUGAUGAGCUUUGGGAAGGACUGGAUAUUGCCCAGCUGAAGCCAAUAAUCCAACAGUUACCCCUAGGACUAGAUGCAGUUGUCUCUGAAGGAGGCGAAAACUACAGUGUUGGUCAGCGACAACUUUUCUGUCUUGCGAGAGCAUUUUUACGGAAGUCCACCAUCUUAGUGAUGGACGAAGCAACAGCUUCAGUUGACAUGGCAACAGACAAAAUCAUCCAGACUGUUGUCAGGAAGGAGUUCAAAGAUCGCACUGUGUUGACGAUAGCACAUCGUGUGGCUACCAUAAUAGACUCGGAUACUAUCAUAGUGCUUGACAAAGGCUGCAUUAUAGAGAAUGACUCCCCAAAAGCCCUACUUGCUAAGGACACUGUAUUCAAGAGCCUGGUUGAACAAAAUAAGUGAGCCUCUGGUUGAACAGAAUUAGUGAGCCUGGUUGAACAGAAUAAGGGAGUCUUCUUGAACUGGUUGACAGAAUAAGUGAGCCUGGUUGACUGAUUAAGGGAGCCUUUUUGAACAGACUUGGAGCCUGGUUGACUGAAUAAGUGAACCACGUUGAACAGAAAAAUGAGCAUGAGCAUGUCUGAUCAAAAUAAGUGAAAACUUGGUGAACUUUAUAAAUGUUUGUAUCCAGUAAAAAGGAGUAAUGAAAUACAAGUGUGAGAAAAGCGUAUAAUACACUCUACUAUACCUAACCCCUAUAAAUGCAUAAGAUACUCUAUUUGUCUAAUUGUAUUGUUUACUAUAUUUUUGAAAGUACCU